AACAGCCCUGUGUACUUGAACCGUGAGCCAUGCGGCUGGACAGGAGGCGGCUGGUUCCACAGAUAAGCAGUUCCUUGGCUGCCGGGGCUGUGGUCUAGGAUGACAUCCCGAAGCCAGGCUUGGGCGACUGCCUGGGGGCGGACGGUGCCGGGGACAGCUCCAGAAAGGAGAGUGAGAGGCGGAUGUGGGGGUAUUUGUUCUCCGGCAUGUUAGUUCCCUCCUAACUGGCCUUGCACCCCACCCUUUUUAUUGCACCGUGUCCGGUAUCAGGACCAGGCCCCAUUCACCUUGGGAUCCCAGCACCCAGGCGCUUCAGCAGCGCAACUAAUUGCAUUGUUGGCUCGGGAAAGGUGCCGAAUGCCGGAAGGGACGCGGUGCCUUAACAGUGGCCAGCAGGGACCCGGUCCUCCCCGAGCCCAGCCGCCUGCCCUGCUCGGGUCAGGAUGUUGGAGGUGCCUGACCGCUAAGAGGCCCGCGGGGAGCUGGCGCCCGCGGCGGCUGCAGUCUUUGUGCCCGAGCAGCUCCCGGCUCCCACCGCUGGGGGGCGGCCUCCUCCCCGCCGACCCCCGACAAUAGCGCGAGGGGUGGGGAGCGCGCGGUCCCGGAAACUUUUCCCCGGCGCCUUAGCAGCCGCCGCCUGCGUCCGGGAGCGCGCCCUUCUCUGCCCGCGGUCUGUGCGCUCGGCCGGGACCGCUGCGGCAGAACGGAACCCAGAGAACGGGGCUCGGGGCGCCGGCGCUCGCGGCUGCCUGCGGCGGGGGAGGCUGCGCCCAGGUCCCCAGCCCCGCAGAGCGCGCCCAGACGCGCCAUGGGGGAGGCGCCCAGCCCCGCGCCGGCGCUCUGGGAUUGGGACUACCUGGACCGCUGUUUCGCCCGCCACCGCGUCUGCAUCUCCUUCGGCCUGUGGAUCUGCGCCUCCUCCUGCUGGAUCGCCGCCCACACGCUGCUUCUCUAUCUGAGAUGUACAAAGAAAUCCAGACAGGACCAGUCGCCACUGUGUGCUGCGUGCUGCCUCCUGACCAGUCUGUGCGACACUGUGGGGGCUAUUCUGGCCAGACAGCUCACAAUUCAGGUCUUCACGGGUGCCUACCUCGCAGCUAUUGAUUUAGUGAACUUCAUGUUCACCCUCUUCCCAGUCUGUGGAUCCAGAUUCAAGCCUAAUGCAGAUUGGGAAGCCCGAGAGAGGAAGAGGAGGCGGCGGCUUGGGGCGGGCGUGUUUGCCCUGGCCCUGCCACUGAGCCUGGGUCCGUGCUGGGCUCUCUGGGUUGCUGUCCCAAAGGAUUCAGCCACCAUCCGGGGGCCGCAGCGGAAGCUGCUGGCGAACCUGCUGCAGGAAAACCCUGAGAUCCUCGGCUACCUGCUGGGUGGCAUUGCUGCCUUCGGCUCCUGGGCUUCUCGGAUCCCCCCUCUCUCCAGAAUUCCCCUUCUUCUCUCUGUGCAGUGCCGGGGGAAGACAUUUCCCUCCAUCCAUCUAUGGGCCCGGCUCCUGUCGGCACUGGCUGGCCUCCUCUAUGCCUCGGCCAUUGUGGCGCACGACCGGCAGCCUGAGUACCUGCUUCGAGCCACACCCUGGUUCCUGACCUCCCUGGGCCGCGCUGCACUGGACCUCGCUAUUAUUUUCCUUUCGUGUGUGAUGAAGAGCAAGAUGAGACAGGCGUUGGGAUUUGCCACUGAAGCCAGAGAAAGCCCCGACAGCCAAGCCCUUUUGACCUGUGCAGAGAAAGAGGAAGAGGACCAGGAGGCGAGCAACGAGCACAAGAAUUCGGAUUGGGUGCCUCUCACCACACUGUCACACUGCAAGUCACUGAGGACAAUGACAGCAAUCAAUCGCUACAUGGAGCUGACCAUCGAGCCUGUGCAGCAGGCUGCAGUGCCACCAGGCUGCCAGGUGAUGGACAGACGAGCACUGGAGAUUCGUCCCUGCAGGAGCCCCCGUCAUAUCCUCCCGUUCAGGUCAUCCGGGUCCGAGUGUCUUCCAGCAGCUCCUCCGAGGUCCUCUCCAUCAACUCUGACCUGGAGCAGAAGUAUUGGGAGGCCCUAAACUCAGAGCAGUGGGACCCUGAGGAUGUGAACCUUGAAGGGAGCAAAGACAACGUGGAGAUACUCUGAUCCCAGGUGUAGCGGGACUCUGAGGACAGCAGACCUGAGUGCUGAUGAUUAACACCUUUGGAGCCAGCUGACCAGCUCAGAGCCCAGGAUCAGAAAUGUGUUCAGUAAUGCAGCGGGAAUCAAUCUGCACUGACUCCGUGGCAGGAACUGAAGCUGCUGCAGAAGCUGCCCUGGAAAGUGAGGAACCAGGAGCCGCCACUGAGUGUGGCUGGUGGAUGUCAUAGCUCAUAAUGGAGCUAAGACUUUGGGUCCUGUGGACAGACCUGGACAGGGCCGGCAUUUGUUCUGAAGAUUACAAGUUUACAGACAGCGCUUGCGUUGUAAAGAUAAUCCAAAGGACAUUGGACCCGCUUUUCCCUUUAUUCCCUUGAGAUUCGGCCAUAAACUGAAUACCUGCUAAGUUUCAGGAAGAAGUUUUUUUUUCUUUUUUCUUUUUUGAGACAGAGUUUCCCAGGCUGGAGUGCAAUGGUGCAAUCUCGGCUCGCGCAACCUCCGCCUCCCGGGUUCAAGUGAUUCUCCUGCCUCAGCCUCCCAAGUAGCUGGGAUUAUAGGCAUGCACCACCACACCCAGCUAAUUUUGUAUUUUUAGUAGAGACUGGGUUUCUCCAUGUUGGUCAGGCUGGUCUUGAUCUCCUGACCUCAGGUGAUCCGCCUGCCUUGGCCUCCUAGAGUGCUGGGAUUAUAGAUGUGAGCCACUAUACCCAACCAUGAGUUAACCUCACAAAUAGCGAGUAUGUUUGGAUCUCAGCAGAGCCCAUUCUGGAAGAUCUGGCUGAGCCAGAUGAAAGGGGUGGGCCCUGUGCUGGGGGGCCUGGGGCACACACCGGAACCAAGACCUGCCUCCUGCCCCCCAGUCACCCACUUAAGUUAUCUACUGGAAGUUAUAGAUAUGACUGUGUGGCCAGCCAAGUGUUUGUGAGAUCACUGACACUGCAAAACAAAGCAGACUGCACUGGGUACCAGGACUUCCUCCAACCUGGCAAGGUGUGUGCUGAGGUGGGGUUUGCAGGUCAAGGGAACUGUGUGCUUCAGGAACUAACUAAAUGCAUGUGGAGGAUAAGAGGCAUCAUGAGAAGUGUUCAAGCACAGCAAUCCCAUUUGGGGAUGAUUUGGAGACUGCCAUGAGUGAGGGAAGGGCGCAGGGAACGGGGCUAAGGUGGGAGUGAACAUUGGGGUGAAUAAAUUCUUUCUAAAGAAAUUAAAGUGUUUC